ACCCCUCAGAAUAUGCUGAAACCGAUUUCGCAGAGAGGCGCCCAAGACAGGUCGAGGGAAGGUAGGAGCGGGCGCGGCGGGCUUCCCCGGCCUCGGGGCGGGGAGGCAGCGCGGGCCGCGCAAGUCCCGCGCCCGCCGCUAGAGCCCCCCGUGCGCGGCUCGGCCCAGGCCCCGCUUGCCCGGCCCGGCCCCGCGCGGGGAAACACUCGAGAGCACACAAUGAACUCCGAGGAGGCUGCGAGCCCGGCCGGCCGCCGCGCCCGCACCAUGUGAAACACCGCUUAGUGGGGAACGUCAACUUUCCCCCUCCGGGCGUCCUCUGCAGUCCCGCAGGCCCCUCGCCGCCGUCGGGCUGAGGAGACGCGCUAAAGAAGUAAACAGGUCAUGGCACGUUUAACAAAAAGACGACAGGCGGAUACAAAAGCUAUCCAGCAUCUUUGGGCAGCCAUUGAAAUUAUAAGGAAUCAGAAGCAAAUUGCCAACAUUGACCGUAUUACAAAGUAUAUGUCCCGAGUCCACGGUAUGCAUCCCAAAGAGACCACCCGUCAGCUGAGCUUAGCUGUGAAGGAUGGUCUUAUUGUCGAAACUCUAACAGUGGGCUGCAAAGGCUCAAAGGCUGGUAUUGAGCAAGAAGGCUAUUGGUUACCAGGAGAUGAGAUUGACUGGGAAACAGAAACUCAUGACUGGUAUUGUUUUGAAUGCCAUUUGCCUGGAGAGGUGUUGAUAUGUGACCUGUGUUUUCGUGUGUAUCAUUCCAAGUGUUUGUCUGAUGAGUUCAGGCUUAGAGACAGCAGUAGUCACUGGCAGUGCCCAGUUUGCAGGAGCAUUAAGAAGAAGCAUUCAAACAAGCAGGAGAUGGGCACCUACCUGAGGUUCAUUGUCUCCCGCAUGAAGGAGAGGGCUAUAGACCUUAAUAAAAAGGGAAAGGACAGUAAGCAUCCAAUGUACCGGAGGCUGGUCCAUUCAGCUGUUGAUGUCCCUACCAUACAAGAGAAAGUGAACGAGGGAAAAUACCGGAGUUAUGAGGAAUUCAAAGCUGAUGCACAGCUGCUUCUCCACAACACAGUGAUUUUCUAUGGAGCAGACAGUGAGCAAGCGGACAUUGCGAGGAUGUUAUAUAAAGACACGUGUCAUGAGCUGGAUGAGCUGCAGCUUUGCAAGAACUGCUUCUAUCUAUCAAACGCACGGCCCGACAACUGGUUCUGCUAUCCUUGCAUACCUAAUCAUGAGCUGGUUUGGGCUAAAAUGAAAGGUUUUGGGUUUUGGCCAGCCAAAGUCAUGCAGAAAGAAGACAAUCAAGUUGAUGUCCGCUUCUUUGGCCACCACCACCAGAGGGCCUGGAUUCCUUCUGAAAACAUUCAGGAUAUCACGGUCAAUGUUCACCGACUGCAUGUGAAGCGCAGUAUGGGCUGGAAAAAGGCCUGUGAUGAGCUGGAACUACAUCAGCGGUUCCUCCGUGAAGGCAGGUUCUGGAAGUCCAAGAAUGAGGACCGAGGUGAGGAAGAGGCAGAGUCCAGUAUCUCGUCCACCAGUAACGAACAGCUGAAGGUCACUCAAGAACCAAGAGCAAAGAAAGGACGACGUAAUCAGAGUGUGGAGCCCAAAAAGGAAGUAAGUUGCCCACCUCACAGUGUCCAGGUGGCAAUCGAGAGAGGAAAGAGUCUGAAAGUACGGUCAAGACAGUCAAGUAAUGUCCGUCAAGUUAAGGCCCAGUCUCCCGACUCGUGUCGUUGUGGACUGCUGCUCGACCAGCACACGAGUGCACAGUCUCCAUCCCCAGAGCCAGAGCCAGAAACGGAAGCAGUAAGUUCCAGCCAGGAAAUCCCCACCAUGCCUCAGCCAAUUGAGAAGGUGUCAGUGUCAACCCAGACCAAGAAGUUAAGUGCCUCUUCUCCAAGAAUGCUGCAUCGAAGCACCCAGACUACUAGUGAUGGCGUCUGUCAGAGCAUGUGCCACGACAAAUACACCAAAAUUUUUAAUGACUUUAAAGACAGGAUGAAGUCGGACCACAAGCGUGAAACAGAAAGAGUGGUCCGAGAGGCGCUGGAAAAGCUGCGUUCUGAAAUGGAAGAAGAAAAAAGACAAGCGGUAAAUAAAGCUGUAGCCAACGUGCAGGGUGAGAUGGACAGAAAGUGUAAGCAGGUGAAGGAAAAGUGUAAGGAAGAAUUUGUAGAGGAGAUCAAGAAGCUAGCGACACAGCACAAGCAGCUCAUUUCUCAGACCAAGAAGAAGCAGUGGUGCUACAACUGUGAGGAGGAGGCCAUGUACCACUGCUGCUGGAAUACAUCCUACUGCUCCAUCAAGUGCCAACAGGAGCACUGGCACGCAGAGCACAAGCGCACUUGCCGCCGGAAGAGAUGAGCCCGUCCGCCACCCUCACACGCAGCGGUUUUUGUUUCCAAGAAGCCAAAAUUGUUUAGAAUUUGCUUCCCAUUUUGCACCAGCCUUUAAACACUUUUCGUGGUGAAAUUUUGCACAGUAGUUUAAAUCUUUUGUUAAUGCUCCUCCGGCAUUUUUCGGGGGCUGAAGUAACAUCAAUGGAGGGUAUUACUCUAAAUAAAUUCUAAUUGAA